UUGAAUGGUGUAUCAAAACCCCACUGAGAAAACAUCAGAGCCUUUUUGGCUUAUUUCCAAAAUCAGUUGCACAUUACACAGAUCCUCCGGCGGGCAAGGGGAAUAGUUUUGUUUCAGCAAUAGAAGGUUCCCAAAUAUUCUUCCAGUCUGUAGAUGCUGCAGUACUCAUGUUUUCACGUGUUACAAAUAUUCCGACAGAAAGUCUCAUUCUCCCUGUGAUAUCCACAAAUGACAGACUUACGUUGGGAUGUGAAUUAUGGCAUUUGUGUUUAGGAUGGAACCAUAAUACAUGGGCAACAACAAAUAUUGCAUCUAUUGGAUCUAUUCAACCUGUUGAUAAGGCUCCUCCAUUCCAGCAUUGGCUUCAAGAACAAAGAGAAUAUUCUACAUGUCAAGUGAGGGAAGAAACUUGUUACACGAGGUAUUGCUUGGCUCUGGGGAGGUCAUUUUCUCAAGGUCUUGUCCUAACUCCUAAGGUGUUUUUGUUGAAUGGUUCACAUGACCGAGAAACUAGUGGUUUAUCUAUCUCUGGCUUCAUUACUGCCAUUGCAGAUGCUUUAAAUCGAACUUUUAGAGAUCCUCAAAAUUGUAUGAAGAACCCUCAAGUCGGUAUGUUAUUGCCCUGUUGGUUCCCAAGGAUGGUCAAAUUCCAGUAGAUGUUCAGAGUUUGUCUAAGCAAGGAAUCUUUCAGGUGCUAUUGUACUUUGUACUUAACUUUCAAGCUAUAUUCUUUGUUACUACAUAAUAAUAUCCAUGCGCCUGCCAUACUUAUCCUUUUUGGAACAGUAUAAUUGCAAGACAGUAUUCCAUUCUUCGUGGAGCCCUUCAAUGCUUUUAAAAUUAAAACCUUAAAUAGAUUUUUUGCUUCUUUGGAGCAUUUAUUUAUUGUCUGAGUGAUGUUAUUAAUCGCUUGAAUGUUAUUUUCUGAUUCUUUAUCUCUUUCUCAUUUGUAUCUUUCUGUAAUUGGUUCCCUAAAAGGGUGUGCUUGACAAUAAAAUCCAUUGUCAAGUUCUUCAAUUAUUGAUUUGGGUAGACAGCAGGUUAUUUUGUCAUUAUUUUUAAUCCAAGGGCCUUCUUCAUAAAGCUUCUUUGAAAUAAGCUGUUUUCUGAAUAUAUAUAUUUGAUGUGUCUGAAAAAAGAGUACAACAAUGUGGUCGUGCCGGAGUGGUUAUCGGGCAUGACUAGAAAUCAUGUGGGCUUUGCCCGCGCAGGUUCGAAUCCUGCCUUCCGACCACGUUUUUUUGUCUUGUUUUUGCACUCCAAUCCUCCUCCUGCCGACCACAAUUUUUUGGUCUUGCUUUUGCAGCUCCUCUUUGUGUAAUAUUUGCAGGCCUACUGAAAUGGAAAAACUGAUUGCUGUAUAAUCUCUCAACAAACAUAUUUCGGGGAUCACUUCGCUUGAAGGGACUGUUACAUUAGAAGGCAAACAUGCAUAAGGUACUGCAGAUGUUACAAUACAGUAACUUCUAUGGGAUCUCUGCAACAUUUCCACAUUGCUUGGAAAAUAUUUUCCUCAAAGAUUGGAUUUCGAGUUCUACAGGCUUAGGAGUUGGGUCGGAGGCUUCCAUGGCAGUACCACAUAGACCUUCAUUAGCAUCAACAUCUCUUUGCAUCCUUAUGUAUCCGUCCUCACCCCAUGAUGUUCACCAUGAAUUCUUCACGAGCCAAUACUUAGUUCCAUCACUAUCAGUCCCGUACCCUACUGUGGUAACCCUAGUGAGCCAAAGCAGCCAAAAUGAUGAAUAAGGCCAUAGUUAAACUAAAACUUGGUUGAUGAGGAAGCCAUAGUUAAGAUCUAAGAUUGGUUCGGGAAAGUAAUAAGUUGGGAUGCUUUCAAAACUCAAUUUAGUGAAAGUUUAUAUAGGGAGAAGAAUUAUUGUUUUUUUAUUUGAAUGGUUGCGUAAUUGUUCCGACAGGGAGUACAUAAUACGUGCCGGUGAAAUUGAGUUGCAAAUGAUUGCUAUAUUAACUUGGAAGUUCUGGAAGUACAAUUUAACAUAUAACUAGAUGACCAUAGUUUUGUUUUGCCUGCUUGUGCAUUGAUAUUUCUUCAAUAGUACACUGAAAAAAAGAAAAAAGAUUUAUUAUUACAAAUUUACG